GACGGUCCUGCGCCGGGUCUGGGCCGGGUGAUAGGGGAGCUGGGUGAGGAUGGGUGGAUUAGGGUCCAAUGGGAUACCAGCAGUACCAACUCCUACAGGAUGGGGAAGGAAGGAAAAUACGACCUGAAACUGUCAGAGCCACCGCCUGCCUCCCAGCCUGCUACUGAAGACUCUGACACCGAGGAUGACACUGAAGGAGAGGUGCUGGAUAAGAGUGCCCACCCUACAGCCAUGUUGUUAACCAGCACAGUGAACCUGUUGAAGACCCUGUCUCUGUCUGCUGGGAUCUACUCCGAGGUGAUGCAGACAGACGCCACACGGACCCUCUGUGGUCUUCUCCGCAUGCUGGUGGAGAGUGGAGCCAACGAUAAGACCGGUUGUCCAUCUCACCGGCUGGUGUCCAGGGAGCAGCAUCGUAGCUGGUGUACUCUGGGUUUCAUCCGCAGCGUGGCCCUCCAGCCUCAGAUGUGUUCUUCUCUCAGUACUUCGGCCUGGAUCGGUCUGCUGAUCCGCAUUGUAGAGGGACAACAGUCCUGUAAUGCUGUUACUCUGCAGAGACAG